UCACCUUCCACAGCAUCCAGUAGCAACCUCUGUGGAACCAUCCAUUGUGAAUUCAAGUGUUAAAGUACUAGCAGAAUCUACUGAUCUUAAGUCUGUUCCUUCCGAAUUUUCUUUUGUGAAUGAACCCACAGGUUCAAACUCUGAUUCAAUUCCCAUCAUUGAUUUCACCCUAUUCACCUCUGGAAAUCCUGAUCAAAUGUCCAAAGUUAUUCAAGAACUCGGCAAAGCUUGUGAAGAAUGGGGAUUUUUCGUGCUGGUAAAUCAUGGAAUACCUGAAACCCUAAUCCAGGGAAUAAUCGAUGCAGCUAAGGAAUUUUUCGAUCUUCCAGAGGAUGAGAAGCAGAAUGUUUCUGAUCCCAUCAAGUAUGGAAAUGGCAGCGUCAUAACUACUUCAAACCAGAAGAUCUUCCUGUGGAAGGAUUUAUUGAAAUUCCCUUUACACCCGGAAUUUCACUGUCCAGUUAAACCACCAAAUUUAAGGUAAAAUUCUCCCCCCACCCUCCC